AUGAAUAUUGGUCUUAAAAAUUGUAUUACAAAUAGAAAUAUUUUAUAUCUCGCAAAGGUUGCUAAAAUAGUAAACGAGAAAGAUGAAGAAUUUAAUCUUUCAACGAAUUUUAAUAAUAAUGAUAUUUUUGGGUGUGGAUUAGUUUAUCCUCCAAGUAACAAAAUUAAUUAUAAAUUUCCAUAUAUCUUCUUUACACAAAAUGGGAAACAAAUUGGCAAAGGUAUUCUGUCAAGUAAAAAUUCCAACUCGUACAAACCAUAUGUUUGGUUUAAAUGUUGUUCAGUUGAAGCAAACUUUGGAAAUAAUUUGGAGACUAAACCAUUUAAAUAUGAUUAUUUAAAACAUUUAAUUUUGGAAGAAUUUUAUUGA